CAGUCCACCCGCCGUAAUCUCCAAAGUCCAAACGCUGCCCCCACCCUCUCGGCCUCCGCCACCGCCGCGGUCCUUCCCUCCCCUGCCCACCGAGUAGAUUUGAGGAUCUCCAGCUUUUUGAGGACAAUCCAGUUUUCGUCGAAGUUCAAAAUGACGGUGGUGGAGGCGGGGGAAGUGUUGAACUUGAAGGUGGGCGAGAACCCUCUACUGGAGGAUGAGGCCAAGACGGGGUACGUCUCGCCCGACGACCAAGACGGGGAGACCGCCAGCGAAAAACCCAGCGGCGCGCCCCAGCUGAAGAAGGGCCCCUGGAGUCCCGAUGAAGAUAAGCUUCUCAAAAAUUAUGUCGAGGCACACGGCGAGGGGAAAUGGAACAAGGUGCAGCGCAACUCCGGGCUCAAUCGCUGUGGCAAGAGCUGCCGCCUCCGCUGGACCAACCACCUCAGGCCCGAUCUCAAGAAAGGGUCUUUCGACAAUGAGGAGAUCGACAAGAUUUUGAAGUUUUACCUCAAGUGGGGCCCCAAGUGGGCCAAGAUAGCCUCGCGAUUGCCUGGUCGCACAGAUAAUGAAAUAAAAAACUUUUGGAAUACCAGAAUAAAGAAGACUGAGAAACAGGGUUUGCCUAUCUAUCCGGAACAUGUGCUUUCUCAGGUUAAGCAACCGCAACAAGACAUGAACUGUGAAACUCCUGGAUUGUCACAUGGCAAGAAACGGAUAAGAGAGAUUGAGAUUCAUGAUCUUAUGGAUGUCAAAAUCUUAUUUCAGCACCUUGACUAUCAUAAGGAUCUAGUGGUUCCAACAAAACCUUUGAAACGCCGUGCAUCUAUUGGUAGUCUGAAAAUUUCUGGUGAGACUAAGGAAACCUAUUGUUCCACUGAUUUGAACUAUGUAUUGGCAAGGAGUGAGUCGGUGCCUACUGGUAGUGCCAUUGCCAGUGGUUAUCCAGUCGAGCUCCCUUCAGUCCAAAGUUCCAGCUCUACCCUAAGUAAUGACUGGUUGCUUCAAUGUGUUUCGGCUUCUGUCGAACAACAGAUUCAUAGCUCCAUUCAAUCUACAGAAACCAUUUCAUCGCAAACCACUGGCCUGCUCCCCACAAUGUCUGAAAUAUCUUUUGAAACACUGAUUCCAAUGGUAUACCCUAUGAUUCAUUCUUUUGGCUACUCUGAACAUGAAAGCUCUCCGAAUACUGAUAUUCAAGCUGCAAACUUAUCUUUAGGUUCAGAUGAUGUUAGCCAGUAUUAUCAAGUUGCUAGUUUUUUUGAUCCUGGGGUCCCUGAUACAGAGCUAGGGGCAAGUUUCUUCAAUGACACACCACCAGAAACAAGUUUUUUGAACCAACAGAAGCAAGUAUCUUGAAUGGUACACCACCAGAAGCAAGUAUCUUGAAUGAUAUAGCACUAGAAGCAAGUUUCUUGAAUGGUACACAACUAGAAGCAAGUUUCUUGAAUGGUACACAACUAGAAGCAAGUUUCUUGAAUGAUAAUUCGAAGGACCAUUCACAUCUUUACUGUCAGGAGCCUAAGCCUGAUUGAUGGAGGCCAAUGGUUUGAUCUGUGUCGCAAGCCCAGGUCCGUGAGCAGCAGUUCUCCGUUGCACAAUCAGGGUCAGUGCGACAACCAUGAUUAGAUACUCUUGUCUUCCUAGCAUUUUGUUAAGGUCACAGAGCCUUGUGUUGUUUCAGGCAGUUUGUGUAUAAAGACAUACCUUGAGUGCUUGAACUUCAUAUUCAUUUAUUUUGAUGUGCUGCGACCAUCUGAACUGAAAUUUCGUUCUUUGAUGUGAUGUGAUUUAUCGGGA